AUGAUUACUAGUAUCAGAGAACAUAAAAUUAUUAAUGGUUUUACUAGACCUAAACACCCUUUCCAAGUCUUUACUAUGAUAUUCUUUAUUCAAUUAUUGUGUUGUGUAUCAAUAGCAAUAGUCCCAAUAACUGAUCUAUUAGUUUAGGUAAGAAAGAAAGUUAAGUAGAUUAUUUUAGCAUCUUUUUUUUACUUUUUGGCAUUAAUGAUCUUUUUUUAUGCUUUUAAGACUUCUUACAUAGAUCCAACGGAUGAUUUAAUUAUAUAAUAAAGAAAUGGAUUGAAUGUGUAUUUAUGGUUCAUUGAUAUUUAGUGUAUAAGAUCAAGAGCUUUAUGAUUAUUUUUGUUAAUAUUGUGAUAGUUAUGUAAGUGGUACAACUAAACAUUGUAAAGUUUGUGAAAGGUAGAAUAUAUAUUAAAUUUUGAGAUGUGUUUCAGAUUUUGAUCAUCAUUGUAAAUGGUUAAACAAUUGUAUUGGGAAAAAGAAUUAUUAAGAAUUCUUCAAAUUAUUAGUAUUUGUAUCAUUAUUUGGAAUCAAUUUUAUUGUUUUUGCUAUAUUUUCCUACUUUUUUUAAUCUCCUCGAAUGAUGAUAUGGAUUUGGAUAAAUGUUGGUUUAGUUGGUCUCCUUUUUAUUCUUAAUUUUAAUUUGAUGAUUUUUCAUUUUUGGUUAAAAUUUUAAGGAAUUACAACAUAUUCUUGGAUUAUUUAAAAUAGAUAGAAAAAAUUUUCAUAAUAAGUUUAAAUUGAAACUCCUCAAAAAUUUUGGUAACUUUUAUUUUUAUCUAAUAUAUUUAGUUGUAGUUCAAAAAAAACCAAAAAAACUUAAGUAAAUCCAAAUAUAGAAUAAGAGGAAGAUGAAAAUGAAAAUUAAAAGUAAAAAAAUGAAAUAAAAUAAAAUGAUGAAUAGAGUCAAAUAAAAAAAUAAAAUGUAGAAAUUGAAGGGGAUUCUGAUUCUAUUCAAGAUAAGAAUUCUAAAAGGAAAUGUAGUUCUCAUACAAUAAAUCCAUAAAUUAACAGUUAAUUAUAGGAUUGA